ACUCACAGUGAAUGUCACGUGAUGAGUCUUUAGUGACGUACAGGAAAUCGAGAGGGGACUCAGUGUUUAUGAAAGUUUAUGGGUGAAAUGCAUCAUCUGAUGGACAGAGUAGGUGUUCUGUCACCUCUGGAGGAGUCCAGUGCCGAAAUUAGUAGGGACAGUGGUAUCGUGUCCCAAAGUGCGAGCAGUCUGUCGAUGGUAAGCGAGACUCUGAGCAGCAGUGGUACUGUGUCCCAAAGCCCCAGCUUCGGCGCUCCAGUCUCCCACAGUCCGAGCUUCAACGUCGCUGAGCCCGACACGGACCAAGACAAGGACGAUGAUGUCCUGAGACAAACUGCCCUUCAUUAUUCCUCAUACAUAAGAGCGACUGCAGGCGACGAGAUCCUUUGCUUGGAGAAGAGCUUGGAGGAAAUGCUGACUAGAGUGGAUGAGUUUGUUGGAAUGCUGGACAUGACCCGCAAUGACACCUCCCAGAUUGUGAAUGAGAACCUACCCCAAAUCCAAAGAAAAUCAGAGGAAAUGAGACAAAUAUACAGAAGAAUUGAUAAGUUAGAGACCUUUGUCAAGACGGUUGGUGCAAAUGUGAAUGCUAUGGAGGAGCAGGUCACACAAGCGGAGGGUGAACAGGCGACCUUACCCGGUGCUUUCAAAAAGAUGUUUCGCACAAUGAGUGUCCCUGGAUUUCUCAACAAAACACCCAGCCCAAGGAGAGCACACCACCAGCCGCUGGAGCCGCCCACUGUGUUCCGGACAGACGAUUAUUUCCCAUCACACCCUGAGCAAUGACACCAAGUCCACACCUUCACACCUCACUGCACAAACACAGCACACACAGAACUGUGGCAAAUGUACGAUGAGUUUUUUGAACUUCAAAUCCUAACCCUUACCAUCAGAGGGAGAAAUUCAAAACAGAUCCUGGAUUGGUGAAUUAGCCCAACUCAUAGCCAAAUACACUGGUUACUGUAGAGAGGAUGACUUUACUGCCACCUGAAAAGUCAACUGUGCAAUUAACUCAACAAGCAAUACUAAGUGUACUGUUCUCUCAAAUCAAGUAUGUAACCAUGUAAAAAGUUUGCUCAAGAGUUUGACAAGCAAAAUGACAACCUUGAUUUUAAAGAUGGUAAAGAUUGUUUUGAAGACUCUUGAGAAAGUGCCUCAAUUAUGGAUCAUACUUUUAUGCCCUCAUGCUCACCUUUUGCUGAAAACAUAAAAUGCACAACUCUUUUAGCCUCCACAAAGACAUAUCCUGCCUGGAAAUCAUCCAAGCUUAACAAUGCUCCACAAUGUAUUAUAUGAAGAAUAAGUGUUUUUUUAUAGUUAAUAGUUUAUCAUUUUUGUUUCUUUUCCCAUCUGCAUUUCUUCAUCCACAUCACACUAACCUUUAGUGUCACCACCUUUUUAAGUUUCAACUGUAUUAGUUCUUAGGCAAAUCUCCUUUUGAAAUGUAGCACAGUGUGAUUGAAAAUUCACCUACUUAUCAAUACAAAAGUAUUCUCAAUGUGUUGUUUGUUCUGUUCUAUCACGGUAAUACACUACUGUCUACAAAAGCACCAAAUGCAUAGCAGCCCUUGUCCGAGUGUGCCCCUGUUGUGGCAAUUUGUCCUACUUUGUCAGAUUUCCUAUUGUGGCGCUAAACUGUAGAACUAAACCUAAUCUUGGUGUGCACAUGGUGGCCCUGGUAGGACCAUCUGGCUUCAUAAUAGCACCGCUUCACUCCUGCUUUGUUAUACUUCUGACUCCCGUUCUCACUUGACUAUUAAGAACAUGAACAACUUAGACCAGCACCAUGUUCUUUUGGGAUGGAGAGGAGACCAAGCCGAGGUGUGAUCUUCUUCUUCCAUACCUUCUCCUAUUGAGCUAGAAGGGAUAGGAUACUAUGGGGAUUAGCAAGAGGAGAUAUUAUCCUCUGACAAAAUAUUCCACAACUUUAUUCUACUUUUCUUCUGCCGAGUUUAUAGUUGCAGCUAAACAGUCUAGACAAGGCCAGAUAAGUACCCCAAAGAGCCCAGGGGCACUGAAGCUCAUAUGUGUGCAUGAAAUAAUAUAGCAUGUUAUUUCAGUUUGUUUAAAAGUAAAAU